AUAUCUCAUCAAGCAUCUCGUACACAAAUGGGGCUUCGAAGCCAAAAAUCUGCUCGUAGAUGAGACAUGGGAUGAUUUUGCAUCAGUGGCGUGGCAUGAGACUCCAGUUUUCUAUGAUCCCGCAUACAUAUUCCCGCAACGACAUUACAAUGGUAACGCUAAUGACUUCAGCGGCUAUAAAUAUAUAACACCACCACUGGGUGGUGUUGGCGGCGGUAAAUAUAGUGACGACUCUUACCGGUCUUAUUCUAAGCAGCCAACAACUGAACAACCAACCUUUCUCUUCUACGGCACUAGUGGUUCACGUUUGAAUUUGAAUAAAAAUCAAGUGAAUCCAUUUCAUGGCAAUCUAAAAAGUACGCCAAAUAAUCCGACUUAUUGGCUGAAGCGCAUUGUGCGUGACAUCAGUCAUGGUUACACUAGUGCUGCAGAGAGCAAUCCUCUAACGGCUGCAGAUAAAACGAAAGCAAACAACACGAAAGACACUGAAACUGAAGGUGAAAAGCCUACCACAUCUCGAGAUGUUUCUCUCAAUAUGGAUCUCUUGGACAUUGUCGGCGUGAACAAGGAAGACAGUAGUUCACGUUCUAAACGUCAAAGUCCUGGUCGCUCAACUCUCUGUCAGACCACUUCACAAUUCAUCACUCCACAGGCCGCUCUAAAUAGCAAAGGAAACUGGAUGUUUGUGGUAAAUGAGGCCAACACUGCGCGUCAAAUGGUCAAAGCGGAAUUAUGCGCGUAA